AAGGGUCACGCGCGCGGCGGAGGAUCUGAGAACAACCAUCAACUGCCGACGGCUGGGGAACCAGGAGAAACUGGAAACUUUUCAGACGAACAAUAUUUGACCAUGAAGUCGGCAUGCCUGCUGGUCUUGGCUUCUCUGGCGCUCUGCUACUUGACUGUGUCGGAUGGACAGAGCAUCUCUGCUGAGGAUGACACGGACCGAGGGACCACCAUAGACGACAUCAUCCUACAGAGAGCAGAGAGCCUGCUUUUGCGAUCCAUUCUCAAAAAGAUGCAGGAUGAAAACGGCCAAAACGAUGGGAUCUUCUCUCAUUCUGAAUGGGUGACAAAACGGCAGCAUCCGGGUAAGAGGUUCAGCGAGGACGUGGAGAAGCGGCAGCACCCAGGCAGGAGAGAGGGGGAGGAGGAGGAUGAGGAGGAGCAGCAGGUCUUUGACGUGCAGAGGAGGCAGCACCCGGGAAAGCGUGAAGACGAGAUGCGCUCGUUCUUCACCGGGAUGCAGAAAAGACAGCACCCAGGAAAGCGCGCCGCGGCGGGCCGCCUCUCCGACAGCCCCCUCGGUCUGCUCAGUGAACUUUCCAAACGGCAGCACCCCGGAAAGAGGUACCUGGUGCUGCACAGCAAACGCCAGCAUCCAGGUAAGCGUUACCUCGAGGAUGAGGAGGGUGACAGUGACUGGACCACGGACGGAGAUGAAGAGCUCCCUGAGUUGGAGAAUCGUCAGCACCCCGGGAAACGAUUAUGGGAUAACUCCAUCCCGGAAUUAAGCACCAGCAGCCCGUGUGAUGUUUUGGACCCUGACAGCUGCAGGAAGACCAGCCUGCUGCUCGACUUUCUAGACAACAUCAAGAGCCACGCCGAGGAGAAGAGGCAGCACCCGGGGAAAAGGUUUGCUCCGGAGGAAGAUAUAGAGGAAGGAGAGUGAACAAAACGUCUGGUCUGAUUUACUGCAAACAAACAAAAAAAUAUGUAUAAAUGAAUGAAUAAAAUAUGAGAAAUUUAAUUUG